AUGAGUGUAGGGGGCUUGGUACUCUUGGGGCUCACUCUGAGUUUUAGGGCCACUGCUGCUAAGCCAGAGGAGCGCAGCCUCUGCUCUCGGAGCCAGGUGGCCUUCCGUGAUGCUUGCUAUGAAUUUGUAGCGCUCGGGCGCACCUUCCGUGGUGCCCAGAGCUGGUGCGAGGGGCAAGGAGGCCAUUUGGUCUUCAUUUGGGAUGAAGGCACCCAGCAGUUUCUGCAGAAGCACAUCUCCCAGGACAGAGAAUGGUGGAUCGGAUUCACGGGAAACUCUGCCCAGAAUGGAACCGCGGAAGGUAGGUGCACCUGGCUGGACACCUCCAACGUCAGCUACAGUCACUGGGGCGGAGGCCACGACACAGCUGCCCCUGCCACCUGCGGCCUCAUCGGGAGAGGCCCCUCCUCCACGUGGGCCGCCGUGGACAACUGCUCCCAAGCCUUGGCCUUUAUCUGCGAGUUCAGGGUCGGCCAGAGCCUGGCCUGCGAGGGCUCCAAGGCCACCAUGCACUGCGGCUCGGGGGCGGCCAUCCAGAUCCAGGGGGCCUUCUAUGGGCGCCAGACCCCCCAUUACUGCACCCAGGAUGCCGGGCGUCCCUCAGACCUGGAGGAGUGCAGCUGGCUCAGCGUCAGGGACGAGGUGGCAGGGCAGUGCCAGGGGCUGCAGGCAUGCCAAGUGGCAGCAGAUGGCACCUACUUUGGAGACCUUUGCCCCACCAUGGGCAGCUACCUGUGGGUGCACUACCAGUGCCGAGAAGGCCUGCAGCUGAUGGUGUCCAAUGAGAGUUUCGUCUUUGACAAUGUCACCAUCUCCCUGGUGUGGCUCCUGUCUCCCUACAUCGGAAACCUGUCCUGUAUCGUGAACAUGGGAGAUGGCCACACUCUUGAUCCCUACUACCCACCCAGUUUGUCCAGUGUCGUGAUCCAUCAAUUCACAUCUCCUGGGGAAUUCACCGUAUUUGCCGAGUGCACAACCAGCGAGUGGCAUGUGACAGCUCACAAGCAAGUGAAAAUACGAGACAAGAUGGAGAGGCUCAGUGUGACCGGGUGUUCUGGCCUGUCUGAGUCAGGGACCGGCCCUCUCUGUCAGACUGUCUUUGGGGAUCCCCUGUGGAUUCAGGUGGAGCUCGAUGGAGGAACAGGGGUGACUUACACUGUGCUGUUGGAUAACAGAACCCUGGCUGAGUUCACCACCCAGAGGGGCCCACCUCUCUACAACCUGACGCUGGAUGGAGCGGCCCAGCAGCUGGCAGGCCCCGGCGUGCACCACCUGCAGAUCCGGGCCCGGGCCAGCACGCCCUCCUCCACGCUCUGCCGCAACGUCACGGUCCACUUCGUGGAGCCACUGCUGGGGCUGCAGGCCUCCUGGGCUUCUGCCCACCUGGAACUCGGACAGGACCUACUGAUCAAUGUGUCCCUGGCUCACGGCACCCCAGAGGAGCUGACCUUUCAGGUGACAGGUCUCAAGGCAAACUUCACCCACAGGGAAGAGAGUUUCGGGGCGCCAUUUGGGAUUCACCACGUGGCAGUUCCUGCUGAAGGCACCUUCCUGGUAACCGUGAUGGUGAGGAAUGCCUUCUCCAACUUGAGUCUGGAAAUUGGAAGCAUCACUGUCUCAGCUCCUUCCGGUCUCCAAGAACCAACCAAAACAAAUGCUGAGGAUGAGAAUAUGGAUAAAGGGAACAUGGAGGUGUACAUUGAACCUGGUCGCUAUGUGGAUCCCUUCACGACAGUGACUCUCGGCUGGCCGGACAAUGACACGAAUUUACGCUUCCAGUGGUCAUGCGGGCGCUGCUGGGCUCGCUGGAGCGACUGUGCCCAGAGGCAGCUGCUCCACACGGACCAGAGGGAGCUGGUGCUGCCACCCCCCUGCCUGCCGCCGCCCGACUCUGCUGUGACCCUGAGCCUGGCCGUGAGGAGAGGCCAGAAGCUGGAGAGUAGCAGGGAGCAGUGCCUGUUCGUGUCUGCUCCUCUGGAACUCAGGCCUCGAGUCAGCUGUGAGAAGAACUGUGGGCCUGUGAACGCUGAUGAAGAAGUGAGGCUCAAGGUCACCAUGGAUGAUGACUCCUUGGCGGUCAUGUUCGACUGGUAUUUAGAUGACCCCUUGUCAGAGAGGGCUGAGCCCCUCCCGGCCACCUGCAGACUCAGAGGAUUUUGGCCGCGUUCUCUGACCCUCCUUCGGAGCAACGCCUCCACGCUGCUGCUCAACGGCUGCCUCCUGCAGAGCUGGGGCGACAGAGCCCGGAUCCGAGUCACAGCACUGACCGGGCACGCCUAUGGGGAGGAUGCCUACGUGAUCAGCACCAUGCCGCUCCCUGAGGUGCCAGCCUGCACCAUGGCCCCUCGGGAAGGCACGGUUCUGACAAGCUUCACCAUCUUCUGCAACACCUCUGCGGCCGUGGGUCCACUGGAGUUCUGCUUCUGUCUGGAAUCAGGUUUGUGCCUACACUGUGGUCCUGAGCCAGCCCUCCCAUCAGUGUAUCUGCCACUUGGAAAAGAAAGCAAUGACUUUGUGCAGACAGUGAUCAUUUCUGUCACCAAUCACGCAGGAGGCAGACAGCAGACCCAUGCAGAGGUGAAGGUGGGACUUGGAGACGCACAUGUUGAGGAUGUGGCAUUCCAGGCUUCGGUGUCAGAGAAAAUCACUGCAGCUCUGGAAGGCGAGCAUGGCCCUGAGCAUGUUGUCCAGCUGGCCAAGUCCGUGUCCUCUGUGCUGAAUCAGGAGCACCAGGAGGAGGGCUCCAGGCAGCUGCUGAGAAUGGACGCCAGGAAGAAGGUUAGGGAGCACGUGCUGGGGUCUCUGUCUGCAGUCACCGCCACCCUGGAGGAGAAGAGGCUGCGGGGGCUGGCCGAGGCGCUGAGGGAGGUGACCUGCCACAGCGAGGAGCUCACACCCUUGGCCCAGUGGGAGGCCAGCCAGGUUCUCCUGCAUGCCAGUGAGACCCUGUUGGCAGCAAGUGCCAAAGGCCAUCCUGAGGAUCAACAGAGCCAGACAGCCACCAGGGACCUGUUCCAGGCUGUGGGCAACGUGCUAGAAGCUUCCCUGAGCCACAGACCAGAAGAACCUGCAGAGGCCAACAGGAGCCAGACCGUGUCACAGCUGCUCGGGGCUGUGGGGCACGUGCAGACUGCCCUGCUGCUGGGGAGACUGCCCGGGGGCCUUCCAGCCUCUCUGGCCACCCGCUCCAUCUCGGUGUACACAAACAGGAUACAGCCACCACCUUGGCGAAGCCCCUCUGUGCACUUGGCUUCUGCUAACUCUGCGACCUUCACUCUGCCCGCUGCCUCCUCCCUCAUCUCUCUAACAGAUGCCCACGAGCCCGUGGACAUACGGAUGAUGAGUUUCCCGAAGAGCCCCUUCCGAGCCCACAGCCGCUUCCAUGUCAGUGGAACUGUUGGUGGCCUCCGUCUGAGCAGCCCUAGUGGACGGCCCAUACCUGUGAAGAAUCUGCCGGAGAAUAUCGAGAUCCUGCUGCCCAGGCUUUCAGAAGGACUCAGUGAGCCGACUGUGCUGAACCUGACCAGUCCCGAGGCUCUGCGGGUGAACCUGACUUCAGGGGAGGCGGCUUUGGGGAUACAGUUGCACUGGAGACCUGGCAUCCCCCUCACCCUCAGCCUGGGCUAUGGCUACCACCCUAAUGAGACCAACUAUGAUGCCAAAACUCACCUUCCACCGACGGCUGCUCCAGAUGAGCUGCCCACGUGGAUCCUGAGUCCAGAGGACCUGGGGUUUGGAGAGGGCAUCUACUAUUUGACUGUGGUCCCUGAGGCUGACCUGGAGCUGGCCACCGGCAUGGACCUCACAGUUGGCAUCACCACCUUCCUAUCCCACUGUGUGUUCUGGGAUGAGGUCCAGGGCACUUGGGACAACUCUGGGUGCCAGGUGGGGCCACAGACCAGCUCCUCCCAGACCCACUGCCGCUGCAACCACCUCACCUUCUUCGGAAGCACGUUCCUGGUGAUGCCCAAUGCCAUCGACGUCCGCCAGGCUGCUGUGCUCUUUGCCACCUUCGAGGACAACCCUGUGGUUGUGACCACCGUGGGCUGCCUCUGCGUGGCCUAUGUGCUGGGGAUGAUCUGGGCAAGGAAGAAGGAUGCUCAGGACCGGGCCAAGGUGAAGGUCACUGUGCUGGAGGACAAUGACCCCUUCGCCCAAUAUCAUUACCUGGUGACAGUCUAUACCGGACAUCGGUGGGGGGCAGCCACCUCCUCAAAGGUGACUGCCACCCUGUAUGGCCUGGAUGGAGAGAGUGAGCCCCACCACCUCUCAGACCCAGACACUCCAGUUUUUGAACGAGGAGGAGUGGAUGUCUUCUUGCUCUCCACCCUGUUCCCCCUGGGACACCUGCGGAGCCUCCGGCUGUGGCAUGACAAUUCAGGGGACAGGCCAUCCUGGUACGUGAGCCGGGUGCUGGUCCAUGAUCUGACAAUGGACCAGAAGUGGUAUUUCCUCUGCAACUCUUGGCUGUCCAUCGAUGUUGGAGACUGUGUCCUCGACAAGGUGUUUCCAGUGGCUACAGAGCAGGACAGGAAACAAUUCAGCCACCUGUUUUUCAUGAAGACCUCCACUGGCUUCCGGGAUGGACACCUUUGGUAUUCCAUCUUCAGCCGCUCCCCUCGGAGCAGCUUCACCCGCGCCCAGAGGAUGUCCUGCUGCUUCUCCCUGCUCCUUUGUACCAUGCUGACCAGCAUCAUGUUCUGGGGUGUCCCCAAGGACCCAGCUGAGCAAAAGAUGGACUUGGGCAAAAUUGAAUUCACUUGGCAGGAAGUGAUGAUCGGGCUGGAGAGUUCACUUUUGAUGUUCCCCAUCAACCUCCUGAUCGUCCAGAUCUUUCGAAACACCCGUCCUCGGGCCACCAAGGAGCAGAACACUGGGAAAGGGGGUUGGGAGUCCUCCAGCCUGGUCCCUUCCCCACAGCCGGUGGGGGAUGGCUUUCUAACACCCGAAGCAGUGACUAAGGACACGUGGAGGCUCGUCAGCUCACAGUUUACAGCCCUGAAGGUGCCAUCCCCUACAUCGGGCUGGGACUUGGCGAGCUUGCUGGACAUCAACAAACUGCUAGCCUUGGUGGAAGAUGUCAUUUGUCAGCAGAACUCGGCUGGACAGGCAUUCUGUGGGGAAGCCAGAAAAAGAGAGGACCCUGUAAACCUCACUCUUGGGUCCAUACGUGUAAAAGAGAAAACACAGCGCCCCAUGCCAGAGGUGGCCCCAAGUGGCCCUCAGAAGGAAAGCACCUACAAGCAGUGUCUCUAUGCCCAGCUGGAGCAUGUGGAGCAAGAGCUGAGGCUGGUGGGGCCCCACGGCUUUCCCCAGUGCCAGAGCCACGCCCGGGCCCUCAGGCAGCUGCAGACCCUGAAGGGCUGCCUGGGGAUGGAGUUGGGCAUCCCAGGCCCAGCAGGCCCCAGCUCCCCGCGGGCAAGCAGGCCCCCUGGCGGCCUGCCCUGGUGGUGCGUCCUCGUGGGCUGGCUCCUGGUGGCGGCCACCAGUGGCGUGGCGGCCUUCUUCACCAUGCUCUACGGCCUGCACUACGGGCGUGCCAGCUCCCUCAAGUGGCUCAUCUCCAUAGUGGUCUCCUUCGCCGAGAGCGUGUUCGUCACCCAGCCCCUGAAGGUGCUGGGAUUUGCUGCUUUCUUUGCGCUGGUCUUAAAGAAAGAGGAGGAGGACGAGGAGCCUGUGCCCCUCCUGGCGGGAAAUCUGUCUGGCCCAGACCCCUAUGCCUUGUUCCAAGCACGAAGAAACAGCAGAAAGGACAUGUACCAGCCACCUCUCACUGCUGACAUUGAAAAGAUGAAAACCACCCACCUCAAGGAACAGAAAGCAUUUGCCCUGAUCAGAGAAAUCUUGGCGUACCUGGGCUUCCUGUGGAUGCUGCUGCUGGUGGCCUAUGGGCAGAGGGACCCCAGCGCCUACCACUUCAACAGACACCUUGAGCACAGCUUCACCCGAGGCUUUUCAGCCAUGCUGAGCUUCCAAGAGUUCUUUGCUUGGGCCAACACCACUCUUGUGAACAACCUGUAUGGGCAACACCCAGGCUUUAUUACUGAUGGGAACUCUAAGCUGGUUGGAAGUGCCCAGAUUCGCCAAGUGAGGGUCCAGGGAAGCUCUUGCCCUCUUGCCCAUCAGUUGCAAUCUUCUCUCCAUGGAUGUCAUGCACCAUAUUCCCUGGAUGUUGAAGACCUGUCAGACUAUGGGGAAGGCUGGAAUGCCUCUACCCGCAAUAACAGCAAUGGCUUUCCCCAAGCUUGGCAGUACCAGAGCCAGAGUCAGCGCCGAGGGUAUCCCAUUUGGGGUAAACUCACUGUGUACCGGGGAGGAGGCUACACAGUUCCUUUGGGGACUGAUCGCCAAAGUGCUUCAAGAAUUCUCCAGUAUCUCUUCGACAACACCUGGCUGGACACCCUGACCAGAGCCGUGUUUGUGGAGUUCACUGUCUACAAUGCCAAUGUGAACCUCUUCUGCAUCGUCACUCUGACCCUGGAGACCAAUGCCCUGGGAACCUUCUUUCUGCAAGCGGACCUGCAGAACCUCCGCCUGUACCCCUUCACUGAUGGCUGGCACCCCUUCGUGGUGGCAGCAGAGGUCACCUAUUUCCUCUUUCUCCUCUACUACAUGAUCGUGCAGGGCAAGCUCAUGAGGAAGCAAGGAUGGUGCUAUUUCGGCAGCAAGUGGAACCUUCUGGAGUUGGCCAUCAUCCUGGCCAGCUGGAGUGCCCUGGUGGUGUUUGUGAAGAGGGCUAUCCUGGCGGAGCGUGACAUCCAGCACUAUCGGAACCACAGGGAGGAGGGGGUCAGUUUCAGUGAGACAGCAGCAGUUGAUGCGGUGCUUGGCUACAUCGUUGCCUUCUUGGUACUCCUGUCAACAGUGAAGCUAUGGCAUCUGCUCAGGUUGAACCCCAAAAUGAACAUGAUUACAUCAGCUCUGCGCCGUGCCUGGGGAGACAUUUCAGGCUUUAUCAUCAUCAUCCUUAUCAUGCUCCUGGCUUACUCCAUCACAUCAAACUUAAUAUUUGGUUGGAAACUCCGUUCCUACAAAACCCUUUAUGAUGCAGCAGAAACGAUGAUCAGUCUUCAGCUAGGAAUCUUCAACUACGAGGAGGUCUUGGACUAUAGCCCAGUUCUGGGCUCCUUCCUGAUUGGGUCAUGCAUUGUCCUCAUGACGUUUGUAGUGCUGAAUCUGUUUAUCUCAGUCAUCUUGGUGGCCUUCAGUGAGGAGCAAAAAUACCAUCAGCUAUCAGAGGAAGGAGAGAUUGUGGAUUUGCUGCAGAUGAAAAUACUCAGUUUCCUGGGCAUUAAGUGUAAAAGAGACAAGUCUAGAAGCAGCAGUGAGAAAACUGAGGAGCCGCCAGAGGCCGGGCCCCCUCUGCCUGCACAGGAUUAAGCAGUCUGUCCGUACAUCCACAGGCAAUUGUCCAGAGCGUGGGAAUACACAGAGCCUUGGGCCUACACUCUCCAAGGAGGCUAUAAUUUCUCCAGGUCGAUAUUUUUUUGUUGUCCAUAGAAGAGUUACCAAGCCCAGCAAAUAAAAAAAAAAUACAUACAUACAUACCACUGUGGCUACUAUGAUAGUUUAUGCAAAUGUAUGUCCUCCUAGAAAUAAAAGAAAUAUUGUCUGGAGUUAGGAAAAAAAAUUCUCUAAAGAAUAAUUAUUUCAUCUUCUUGGUUGGUCAGGGGUUGCCUUUAAAUGAUUCUAGUUCAGAGUUGCUCAAAUUGUCUGAGAGCAGCUGAUAGGCAUCAUCCCUCACCCCAAACGUUUCUGGAUAAAUAAAUGUGGUAAACACUGUAACCAAGAAGUUAGGAUUUAACAAAUGAUUAUGACUAGUGAAUCAUUAUAUAGAUAUUUCUUUUUAUUUUCUAGUGUAUUAGAAU